AAAUGACAUUUUACGUGGCUGACAGAUUGACAACAAGGGCCGAAUACCAAAUACCUUAUACCAUAUAAAAUAUUGAAUCUUAUUUUAAAUAAUUAAUUACUACUUAAAUUUAUAUUAAUUCAUGUAAUUUCAAAGUCCAGAUUUAUAAUGGGUCUCUGCAAAUGUCCAAAACGAAGGGUGACGAAUCAAUUUUGUUUCGAACACCGUGUAAAUGUUUGUGAAUAUUGUAUGGUCACAAACCAUCCAAAGUGCAUCAUACAGUCAUACCUUCAAUGGUUGCAAGACAGUGAUUAUAAUCCCAUUUGUGAAAUAUGUACAAAAACUCUAUCAGAAGGCGAAUGUAUUCGACUCACUUGUUACCAUGUAUUUCAUUGGGAGUGUGCAGAACAAAAAUAUCGAGCCUUGCCCCGCACUACUGCGCCUGCAGGCUACCAGUGUCCUUCCUGCGCCACUCCAGUGUUUCCGCCACAAAACCUUGUGUCCCCUGUGGCUGAUGUGCUCAGGGAAAAGCUGGCCGGCGUCAACUGGGCCAGAGCGGGUCUUGGCCUGCCUUUGCUUUCAGAGGACCAAGACUUAAAAGGUGCAGCAGGCAGGCGCAGCCAAUCGCCGAACCAAUCACAGUUCUUUGCAAACUCAAUUGAUCAGCAGAGAGGCACUCCAGUCGGAGCCAGUGACGAUGAGUCUACCAACCGGUCUGCAAGUAGCACUCCACAUUCCAUUGUACAAAUUCCAGACGAGCCUGUCAAUAUUUAUGAUGGUACUUCUGUCAAAAGGAGUGAUGCUUUGCAAGGUGGUCAAGCACCAAGAAAAGGAUUCAAAUCGUUGGAUCAAAAACCAUUAAUAAACUAUGACCAUGAUGAGAAUAAAUAUAAACAGAAAUCAACCUUUGCAUGGAUCAGCAGAUGGUGGAAAAAUACCCUGCCUUCAUCCCGCGUGAGAAGAGCUGGUGGCAUUUAUAGACGAUACUGGAUUAUGCUCUUUGUGCUUAUUGCCAUUCUUGUAGUAUUAUUCCUAUUGAGUCAUAGAGACGUUGAUGAUGAUAACCCAUUUGGUUCCAUACAAGAUGAUGAUAGAAGGAUAUUACAGAAAAAUUGAUUGACCAUUAAUUACAUUAUUUAUAUAAUAUUUAUGCUAAUAAUAUAUAACUUCAUCAAAUCAAGCAAUUUUUAGUGAUAUAAUUAUAAUUCAUGUCUACUGUUUAGUUAUAAAUAAAAUAAUUAAGUAACAUUU